GGGCUGGAACCCGGCGCGGAGCGGAGAGAAAAGGGGCCUCUGGUGACCGCCCCUACCUGGCAUUUCUCUAACACAGGAGGAGCGUGGGGAAGGGGGCUGUGGGCCUCUCGGGGAGCGAGCUGCGGGUAGCGGCGCAUUGGGUACAGGCGCGCGCUCGGCUGUCGCCUCUGCCGCUGUGUUUGGGAGGACUCGAACUGGCGCCAGAAAAAGUUUUCCGGCCCCUGAUCUAGCGGAUUGAAUCUUCGGUGGGAGGAAAGAACUGGAGCACACAAGGAAGCCAAUGGCAUCACUUGUGUUAGAGAGUUGCCCUCUUCGUACAAUCUGCUGAUUCUGCACAUGCCACUUCUGACCAUUCUGCAGUUUAGAAUCCAAAAGGAAAUAUUAGGAAGCUGUGGUUUUCAAAGCUAAUUAUGAAAACAUUUAUCAUUGGAAUCAGUGGUGUGACAAACGGUGGGAAAACAACACUGGCUAUGAAUUUGCAGAAACAUCUCCCAAAUUGCAGUGUCAUAUCUCAGGAUGAUUUCUUCAAGCCAGAGUCUGAGAUAGAGACAGAUAAAAAUGGAUUUUUGCAGUAUGAUGUGCUUGAGGCACUUAACAUGGAAAAAAUGAUGUCAGCCAUUUCCUGCUGGAUGGAAAGCGCAAGACACUCUGUGGUAUCAACAGACCAGGAAAGUGCUGAGGAAAUUCCCAUUUUAAUCAUCGAAGGUUUUCUUCUUUUUAAUUAUAAGCCCCUUGACACUAUAUGGAAUAGAAGCUAUUUCCUGACUAUUCCAUAUGAAGAAUGUAAAAGGAGGAGGAGUACAAGGGUCUAUGAGCCUCCAGACUCUCCGGGAUACUUUGAUGGCCAUGUGUGGCCCAUGUAUCUAAAGCACAGACAAGAAAUGCAGGACAUCACAUGGGAAGUUGUGUACCUGGAUGGAACAAAAUCUGAAGAGGACCUCUUUUUGCAAGUAUAUGAAGAUCUAAUACGAGAACUAGCAAAGCAAAAGUGUUUGCAAGUGACAGCAUAAAGACGGAACUCAGCAAAUCCUUCCUGAAGUGAAUUAGGAAACUCAAAGGAGUAAUUUAAGAACCUUAACCAAGAUACAAUGUAUACUGUGGUACAGUGACAGCCAUUGUUUCAUAUGUUUGAUUUUUAUUGCACAUGGUUUUCCCAACAUGUGGAACAGUAAAUAUCCAUGCCAAUGGACAGGACUCGACCUUAGCAAGUUGCUCCCUCUCCAGGGAGCACAUAGAUACAGCAGAGCUCACAGUGAGUCAGAAAGUCUCCACUUUCUGAACAUAGCUCUAUAACAAUGAUUGUCAAACUUUUCUAACUGGAGCUCAGAGUAAGAAAUAAAGAUUACAUCACAAUCCAA